CCUGUAUCAAUGAACUUUAUUGUGUGUGGUAGCGUAACAUUAUAAUACAACCACAAAGGGCGCGAAGAAAUCUUUUAUGCUGCACAAUUAUCAACAUUUAAUUUUUCAGAUUUAAAUCUAUUUUUGCAAAAUGGCUUUUGUAUACCAAGGUGAUCCGGAUCUGGAAGCGAAAACUAAAAAAGCGGUCGAGCGUAUUUCAGAGAAUAUGCACAUAGUGGCUAAUGAGCCGUCAUUAGCUCUGUUUAGACUGCAGGAACAUGUUAGGAAGGCAUUACCGCCAAUGAUUGAAAGAAGAGUUGAAGUCACAAAGCUACAACAUGAAUUACAAGGAAGGUGCUAUGAUGUAGAGUAUGCUCUAGGUGCAGUUAAAUCAAUGGAUGGUGCAGCUAACAGCUUUACGAACAUUCAGGAAAUGUUGAAGCAAUCUAUAUUUUUAAAACAACAAUUAAAAUAUGAAGAGGCUAGGAGAAAUAAAAAAGAUACAAAUUCAGUUUAUAAACGUCUAUCUGCUCAUAUAGUGCUUGAUUUGCCUGAUUUGUCAGAAUUCUCUAUGGUUCGAGAAACCACAAAUAGAAUAGAAAACAUGAUGGCACAUGCCAGAAGUUCCACCUCUGAGUUGCAAAGAUCACACACUACACUUCAUUAAUAUACUAACAGGUAUUGGGUUUAUUUAGUAACUAAAGAUGGCCGAGUUUUUUAGGUUUAUUUGUUU